CCAAAAUUUGAUCAAAUUUCAUGAUUUUUUCUAACAAUUUUCCCUAGCUGGUGAAUCAUGGGCUGCCGGAGGAGUUGAUUGCUUCACUAUUUGCAACAGUGAGGGAGUUUUUCAACUUGCCUGACGAUGAGAAGAAGCAGUACGAGGGGAAAAGUACUUCUUCUCCGAUCGUUUGUGGGAAUUUCAACGUGAAGACUACAUCCAACCAAACCUUCACUUUGUGGAGGGAUUUUCUCAAGAUCCACGUGCACCCUGAAUUUCACUGCCCCUCCAAACCCCAACCAUUAAGGGAAAUUAUAGAGGAAUAUGCGGGGAGAGUCCGGAAAAUAGUCCGAGAAAUGGUGGGUGCGAUAGCGGAAUCCAUGGAGCUCGACCGUGACUAUGUGGAGGAAGCUUUGGAGCUGAAAUCGAGUCAUCAAAAAUUAGGUGCAAGUUUCUAUCCACCAUGCCCUCAGCCAGAAAAAACACUAGGGUUGCCACCACAUAACGACACUGGUCUCUUCACUAUAUUGGCCGUCCGCGAUGGAGAACCCGGCUUACAAACCAACCGUCAAGGCCAAUGGUUUGAAGUUACUCCUCCUCCCAAUUUUGUGAUAGUCAAUGUUGGUGAACACCUUGAGAUAUUUAGCAAUGGAAGAUGCAAGAGCGAUUUGCAUAGAGUGGUGGUGAACAAGGAAAGAGAGAGACUGGCGGUGGCAGUGGGGAAUGGUACGGGCAGCGAUGUGAUGGUGGGGCCGGCCGCUCGGCUGGUGGAGCGAGAUGGCCGUGCCAACUAUCGUUCUAUGAACUAUCGAGAAUAUAUGGUGUCUCAGUACACCCGUGCUUACAAUGGCAUGUCAAUGCUUGAUGAACAAAAGAUACAUUAUUAAGGUCGACAUCUGAAGUACUUGGCCACCUACUAUACUCACCUCGUGGAUUGUGUUUUGAUUUUUUUUUUGUGAUUGUCGUUGUGUCAUUUGGUUAUCAAAAUAAUGUCGAGCAUAUCUAUAAGCUCAUUUAUGGGUCGAACUGGCUUAGGGGUAAUGGUUUCAUUAUAAAGAGGUGAUGUAAUAUGUCUUGGUUAUUAUCAUUAAACU